UAGGAAACCAAAGAAAAAAGUUGGCUAAAGCUGGCAUCAAAGAUGUAGCUGUAAAUUCUGGAAAACGCAGCCGAACAAACCCAGAAGGAGCUGCACCAAGGGCCAAUAUUAAAAGACCUAGGAGAGGGGAGGUAAACUUCCUUCCUAGUUAUCCUUCUGGAGAAACAAGGGAGUCUCUAGAAACCAGGAGGCUUGAGAUGGUUAAAGAGUUCCAGAAGACAUCUGCUGAAAGAAACAUUCCCCUUAUUCAUCAGCACAUGAUGAGCACCUUUGCCCUCAGGCGUGAAGAGAUCAUCACAACUUCUCCUCCUGUAUCAGAGCUUAAGGAGAGAUGGCCAGCCAUCUUUAAUGAGACACAGCUGUACUGUGAAUUUCACCGGAUUACUAAUCAGCAUCUGCCACAUGCGUUUUAUGCUGCACUGGAUGAAUAUGCUCCUCAGCUAAUUGGGCUUUAUAAAAAGAAGAAAACUGGACGGAUUGGUGAAAAGAUGGACCAGCUUUUGUUGGCCUAUGAGGAACAGGACAAAAACGACAUUAAUGCAACAAGAGCGGCAGCCCUGGCGGGCCUACCCAUUUACCUUAAGGAGGAUUCUUCAAGCAUUUUCAAAACAUGCAAAGAUGAAAUGGAGUUCUGGGAAGGCGCAGUUGCUCUGGUUUCUGAUGUGGGUGAAGAUGAGGUGCCUGCUGGAGUUCCAUUCUCACCACGUCAAGUGUUCGUUGUGCUUGAAGAUCAGGUUGUAAUGACUCAUCACUCAUGGACUGAUGCACUGGUGUGUUUGUUUGGGCUAAUCUAUACUCUGCAUCUCAGCUAUCCUGUGAAGUGUACUAGCUUUUUUGAGUUCAUUCAAGUAGUUUUUCUGAAGCUAGAUGAUGAAAGAAAGCAACUCAAACCAAAAUUGCAGACACUGAAAAAUGAGCUGGUGUAGAUUGGAUUUGUUGUUGCUACAUUCAUGCCUGUUCAGGAAUCAGCGUUUAAGGGCUUUUUGUCAACAGUUCUAUUUUUACACGGGUUCUAAAUUAGAAAAAAAGGAAACAUUCAGUUUGCUAAGAAUAAGGAAAUUUCACACUAGACAUCCUUCUUUUGAUUAAAUUUAAAGGCAAACUACUGAGAAGCCUCAAAUAUACCCUUUUUUCAUAGUGUGUAAUUUUGAGUUUUUUUAUUUAUUAGAAUAUUUAAUUAUUUUGGUUUUAGAUAACCUUUGUUGUGUUUGUAUUUACUGGUUUAUGUCAGUAUGUUGAAAAGUAAAAGAAUAAUUUGAAUUUGUUCAAAAUUUAUACCAUCCAUCAUUAUUCUUGUAUUGUGAGAU